AUGACUUCUGUGGCAAGCAAGAACCUUUACGAGCUUCUGGGCAACGACCUGGAGCUCGACCCCAACAGAGAGCCUGAGCCUCCUACCAAGGUCAUGGACAAGCCCGUCCAGCGCGCCGGCAAGCGCAACGCCGGUGCCGAGGGUCCCUCCAACGACACUCCCAGACCCGCUGCUGGUGGCCGCGGUGGACGUCACGCCGUCUUCACUGGCUCUGAGCAGGCUUUCCGUGAUAAGGGCGCAGGUGCUUUGAACAACAGAGCCAAGCCUACCGAUGACGGCCUUCGCCAGGACCGCCACCCCAACCGCACCAGAGACGUCAACGAGCACCGCGACACUGGCAACAGAGGCCGUGGAUCCCGUGGUGGCCGUGGUGGUGUUAGAGGCACCCGCACUGCCCGUGACGACAAGCACGACCGUACUGGCCACGCCGGUAGCAACGACCACUCCAAGCAGGCCGGUGCCGCCUGGGGUCACGAGACCGGUAACGCCGAGUUGAACGACGAGAAGGCCGCUCUUGCCGAUGCCAAGGCCGAGGAGGCCAAGGAGGGCAUCGUUGCCGACUCAACCGUUGUCGCCGACACUGUCGCCGCCGAGGAGGCCCCCGCCGAGGAGGACAACGUCAAGUCCUACGAGCAGUACCUCGCCGAGCAGCUCGAGAAGAAGGCCGCUCUUGCCGGCAACUUCGAGGCCCGCAAGCCCAACGAGGGUGCCUCCAAGAAGUUCCCCGAGGGCAAGGCCUUCGAGCGUGACGCCAACGAGAACUACGUCUCCCCGCCGCCGCCAAGGCCAAGAAGCUGA